CUAUAAAACAUAACCCUCAAAAACACUUGCAUCACAUUUCAAGUCUUAUCGUCAUCAUCUCACAAGGGAUACAAUACAAUACCAAGAAGCUACCUAGCUACAAGAGACUCCACUCAUCACCACCUCAAGCAACUAAUUAACUAGCAUAGGGUGUUUUGGAUUAUAGAUUGUACUUGGAAGAAGAUGGAAAACACUACUGUGACAUAUCAAACUGAUCUCAACCUCAAGGCAACAGAGCUUAGACUGGGGCUUCCAGGAACAGAAGAAAGUGAGGAUAAAACACUGUCAGCAGGUGCUAGAAUUAACAACAAAAGACCUUUAACUGAAACCUCUGAUGAGUGUGCUUCAAAUGGUACUUCUAGUGCUCCACAUGAGAAAACUGAAACAGCCCCUCCUGCCAAGACUAAGAUAGUGGGGUGGCCACCAAUCAGAUCCUAUAGGAAGAACAGCCUUCAGGAGAGUGAGGGUGCUGGAAUUUAUGUGAAAGUGAGCAUGGAUGGAGCCCCUUUCCUCAGAAAGAUUGACUUGAAGGUCUAUGGAGGCUACACACAACUCCUCAAAUCUCUAGAAAAUAUGUUCAAGUUGACCAUAGGAGAGCAUUCUGAAAAAGAAGGUUAUAAGGGAUCUGACUAUGCACCUACAUAUGAAGACAAAGAUGGUGACUGGAUGUUAGUUGGAGAUGUUCCAUGGGACAUGUUUGUGACUUCUUGCAAAAGGCUAAGAAUCAUGAAAGGAUCAGAGGCAAGGGGUUUGGGUUGUGCUGUAUGAGGAACCAAAUCACUAAAAAAUUACUAUGAGCAGAGAAUUAAAAGUGUUUUGGGGGUGAAGGGAAAACAUGCUGAAAAGCUUGUGUUCUCGGAUCUGAAGGGUUUUGACUUUUGAAUCACUCUAGUGUAUGCUUUUGGCAUACCUUUAUACGAAGUUAUACUCUGAAGCAGGAGAAGAUGGAAGAUACGGUGCAGUUUCUUCCUCAAGUUUGGCAACUUUUCUGGUUAUUUUGCCAUCUGUGGUUGGAUGCUACAUGCUAUGCUGUUGUUUCCACUGAUCCUUUUUGAAGUUUCAUAUGAGAAAUCUUAGAGAGAUUUGAAAAUGAAACUUUGUGUAGAAGAGAGAUAGAGAAAAGGUUAUAUGUAAUAUUGUUUAAUCCAAGUUUUUAUGUUGUGUUGAUACAAGAAUACCGUGUAAUAUACCAAGUUUUUAUGUUGUGUUAAUCCAAGUUUUUAUGUUUGCGCCUGAUUA